CUAGAAUACCCAGUAUUGUUUAAAGCGUUCACGUAAUCAGUUAAUUUAAAAUGACAUGCGUGUUUUUACAUAUUAUUGCAAUUUUAAUAACGUCCGUCACCUACUCCACGAGCGAUAUUUUCGAGUCAUGGCCAACAAAUAAAAUAUUGGAACGUGACGGGUAUAAUGGAGAAACUCAUAAUAUUACAACUGAAGAUGGAUUUAUCCUGAGUGUUGACCGUAUUCCGGGUAAAUUAAAUUCAAUUCCGGUAUUAUUGAUGCAUGGGCUAUUGUUAGACUCGACAAUGUGGAUUAUUUUAGGGAAAAAUAAGUCAUUAGCAUAUUUGUUAGCCGAUCGAGGGUAUGAUGUUUGGAUGGGAAAUUCUAGAGGAAAUACUCAUGGGAUGUCACACGUUAAUUUGACAACGAAUGAUUAUGAAUUUUGGGAUUUUAGCUUUAAUGAAAUGGGUAUUUAUGAUUUACCUGCAACGAUUAAUUAUAUUAAAAACAUAACAAAUGAUACUGUGAUUAUUAUUGGUCAUUCACAAGGAACGAUGAUUAGUUUUAUAAUGGAAUCUGAACGUCCAGAAAUGGCUAAAAAUGUAAAAGCGUUAAUUUGCCUUGCGCCGGUUGCAUUUUUGGAACACAUCAAUAUAAGAGUAAGAAUUAUCGGCCCUUUCUUGACGAUGUUCGGAAGACUUUACCGUAAAUUAGGAAUUUUUAAUUCUUUUGGAGUUCAAAGUCCACUAUAUAAAUUUAUGAACUCACUUGGAUGUAAACUGUCAAAAAUUCAAAUGGCUUUUUGUCGUAAUAUAUAUUUUACCAUUCUCGCAGCUGAUAAUCAGUUUAAUAAUAGUAUUUUUCCACUAGUUUUAUCACAUUUCCCAGCAGGAACAUCAUCUAAAAAUUUAUUUCAUUUUACACAAGGAAUAACAUCAAAACGUUUUGCUAAAUAUGAUUACGGUAAAAAUAAAAAUUUGGAAAUUUAUAAUUCGCCAAAAUCACCAGAGUAUAAUUUAUCGAGAGUUACUUCUCCAGUUGCUUUAAUAUAUUCUGACGCUGAUUUUGCUACAGAUCAAAAGGAUGUAGAAGCUCUAUCUAAAUUAUUGCCAAAUAUAGCCGACAAAUAUAAAGUGAAAUAUCCGGAUUUUACCCACAUGGACUUUAUAUGGGCCAAAGACGCUAAGAAAUUAGUUUAUGAUCACGUUAUCGAACUUGUUAAAAAAUUCAGUGAUAAGGAUUAACUGAAAAAACAAAUUUAUAUAUUUAUAUUAUAUAAUAUGAAAUAAUAAUUUAUUAACAAAAGCAAUUACUUUUAAUUUUGAGUCAUAAUAUUGUCUUUAUUACCGCGUGCAGUAUUCGAA